AAUAGAGAGAAAUUGGCUCUGCGCCGUAGCAUUUUGUUCAAUGUGCUUUUAAAAUGCAAGUUGUAAAAGUCCUUUGGGCAUUUCUUUGGAUUCUUCCUCGGGCCCUUGGAAAGGAUUCCUGUGCAGGACUAUCGUUUGGAUCCAGAGCAGUCGACCCUGAAGAUUCCAGUUCGUACUUCCUGUGCCUGGGCUUUCUUGGCCAGAUAAAACACUCUUGCGAAAAGGAAUAUCGCUUCGAUGGUCAAACGCUAGAAUGUGUGAUUAUAAACAAGACAACCCUUUCCGGACCUAAAAACGAAAAGGAAGGUAAAUCUGAAGUGAGCAUUAAACAAAAUGUGAAUGUGGACAGACCAGUCAUAUUCAACAUCUUUGGAAACUUCAACUUCUUUGCAAGUCUGUGGGGCAGCUCCCACGAUCCGACUCCUCCGCCCCCAAAAUCCAGCCCAAUAGCUCACCUCCAAUCCUUUAACAGUGUUGGGGAAAAUCAAUUUUUGUCUGCCAUUGAAUCCUCUCCCUUAGAUGAUUUUUGGCCACUUCUACUGAGCUUAGCAUAUCUAGCUCAGACGAUCCAAAUUCGUCUCCUGGAGAACCUGAUGAAUCAUCUGAGACCCCAGCCUCUACUGAUUCUAGCCGGCAGUUCUACAGAACCAAAUGUUUCUAGUUCAGAGAGAUCAUCUUCAACUGAGUCACCUUCAGACUUUACAACUGAAGCGAAUGAAAGUUCAUCCCAGGAAAGUGAAACGAGCUCUGAAAGUCCCUCGUCCACAGAAUCUUCAACAAACGCGUCUGAAGAAAGUACCACUGAAGAUUCCCAAGCAGAGAUCACUUCAAGUUCGGAAAGUCCCUCAACAGAAUUGGAACUAGAAGUUUCGACCCAGGAAAUUAGCUCAGGUUCUGAAAAUCCGUUGUCCACAGAGUCACCUACAAAAGCUACGGAUGAUUCUUCUUCCACAAACGAAUCCGCACCAGAAAGUUCUACACAGGAAUCAUCCACAGAAUCAUCAACUAGCGCGACAGAAGAUUCAUCAUCUGCACCAGAAAGUUCCACACAAGAAAGCAGUUCUAGUUUCGAAGAUUCUACAACCACAGAAUCUUCCUCAGAAGAGAAUAACUUGAGUUCGGAAAGUCCUUUGUCCACAGAAUCGUCAACUGAUAUCGAUUCGAGUUCGGAAAGUCUCUCAACGGAAUCUGAACCUGAAAGUUCAACGCAAGAAAGUAGUUCAAGCUCAGACAACCCAGAAUCAUCUUCAACUGAACCUACACCAGAAAGUUCCACGCAUGAAAUUAGCUCAAGCUCUGAAAAUCCAUUGUCCACAGAAACUGCUCUGGAAGAUUCAACUUCAAACUCGAAAAGUCCUUUGUCAACGGAAUCAUCAACAGAGAUCGAUUCGAGUUCGGAAAGUCUCUCAACGGAAUCUGAACCUGAAAGUUCAACGCAGGAAAGUAGCUCAAGCCCUGAAACCACUUUGGAGGAUUUAUCCUCAACAGAUCCCGCAUCGGAAGGAACCACACAGGAAAGUAGCUCAACCUCUGAAAGUAUUUUAUCCUCUGAGGAGUCAUUCUCAUCCUCAGUAUCAGAACCAGAAAGUUCCACCCCAGAAAGUAGCUUAAGUUCUGAAACACCUUUGUCCACAGAAUCAUCAAUAGACGUGACGGAGGAUUCAUCCUCAACAGAAUCCGCAUCAGAGAGUUCCACACAGGAAAGUAGUAGUUCAAGCACUGAAAGCGAUUUGUCCACAGCUUCAUCAACAGGAUCCUCAGAUGAGUCAUCCUCAACAGAACCUGAAUCAGAAAGUUCCUCACAAGAAAGUAACAUAAGUUCUGAAAACCCUUUGUCCACAGAAUCAACAACAAAAGCAACAGAGACAGAAAGCCCUUAUUCCACACCCUCAGCUCAAUCCCCAUCGACCUCAAAUCCCUCACCUGAAAGUUCAACUGAGGAGAGUAUUUUAAGUUCCGAAAAUCCGACGACGACAGAUCCAUCUUCAGGCACCACUAAGAAAGAUGGUGACUCUGGUAACAGUGGCUCCGAAAACGGUAUCUUCCCAGUGCUACCCACCGAAACCACAAGCACGACUCCAUGCACCACGGUUUCAUCCACACAAAGUUCCACAAAGAUCACAGAGACUUCAUCAACCUCAGAACCAUCACCAGAUACCACCGAGAAGGACGGUGACUCCGGUAACAGUGGGUCGGAAAGCGGUAUCUCCACUGCGCCAUCUCCCCAGAGCACAACGGAAUCAUCUCCAGAAAGCUCGACGGAGGAGAAUAUACCAAGUUCUGAGAGUCCCUUGCCCACAGAUACGACAUCGGAAACUACAACUGAAGGGAAUGUCGAUAGUUCUGAAAAGCCAUCCACAAGUAGCAGUAUCUCCACAACCCCAACUCCGCAAAGCACAACCGAUGAUAACAUAUCCAGUUCCGAGAAUCCCUUGAGCACAGAACCGACAUCGGGAACUACCACCGAAGAGAACACCGCAAGUUCUGAAAAGCCAUCCACAAGUACGACUCCAUGCACCACGCAAAGCUCCACCAAGAUUCCAGAGAAUUCGUCAACCACAGGUGUCCCCCCAGGUACUACAGAGAAAGAUGAUGGUUCCGGAAACAGUGGGUCCGAGAGCAGUAUCUCCACAACCCCAACUCCACAAAGCACAACCGAUGAUAACAUAUCCAGUUCCGAGAAUCCCUUGAGCACAGAACCGACAUCGGGAACUACCACCGAAGAGAAGCCGCAAGUUCUGAAAAGCCAUCCACAAGUACCACUCCAUGCACCACGCUUUCUUCUACGCUAAGUUCUACAAGAAUUCCAGAGACUUCAUCAACCUCAGAAUCUGACCCAGGUACUACAACAAAAGACGGUGAUUCCGGAAACAGUGGUUCCGAAAGCGGUGUCUCUACAGAAGCCAUCUCCACCGAGCUCAACAGCAGAAACACCACAAAGCUCGACAGAAGAAAACAUUUCUAGUUCCGAGAACCCCUUGACUACAGAACCCACUUCGGAAACUACAACCGAAGGGAACAUCGCAAGUUCCGAAAAGCCACCCUCAAGUUCAACUCCAUGCACCACCGUUUCCUCUACACAAAGUUUACCCACCGAACCUUCACAAGGUACCACAGAACCAUCUCCACAAAGCACAACAGAGGAGAAUAGAUCCAGUUCUGAGAAUCCUUCAACUAGAUCAGAAAGUACAACUGAAGAAAAUAUAGGUAGUUCCGAAAACCCAUCCACUGCUACAACACCUGGGACCACAGAUUCAACUUCAGAUGGUUCCACAGGAAGUCCAGAAAAUUCUUCAACUCCAGAGACCCCACAAGAUACCACCGAGAGAGAUGAUGAUUCUGGAAAUAGUGGGUCCGAAAGCGGUGUAUCUACGACGACCACUCCACAGAGCUCAACGGAAAAAUCUCCCCAAACCUCGACAGAGGAAAAUAUUUCCAGUUCCGAGAAUCCCUUGACCACAGAACCUAGACCGGAAACUACAACUGAAGGAGGUAUAGAUAGCUCUGAAAAGCCAUCAACUGGUACAACACCAUCGACUACAGUUCCAACUCCGGAAGGUUCCACGGAGAUUCCAGAAAGCUCAUCAACCUCAGGGGCUCCACAUGAUUCCACAGAGCAAGUUCCACAAAGCACUACAGAAGAAAAUAUAUCCAGUUCUGAAAUUCCUUUUACCACAGGUCCGACAUCAGAAUGUACAACGGAGGGAAAUGUUGCUAGUUCUGAAAAACCGUCCACAAGUACGACCCCAUGCUCAAUAGAUCCAUCUACACAAAGCUCCACACAGAUUCCAGAGAAUUCAACAACCACAGAACCUUCACCGAGUACCACAGAGAAAGACGAUAAUUCCGGAAAUAACGGGUCCGAAAGCGGUACCUCCACAGAACCACCUCCAGUUAUAUCCAGUUCCGAAAAUCCCUUGACCACAGACCCUAGACCGGAAACUACAACUGAAGGAGGUAUCGAUAGUUCCGAAAAGCCAUCAACUGCUACAACACCGUCAACUACAGAAAGCUCAUCAACCUCAGAGGCUCCACAUGAUUCCACAGAGCAAUCUCCACAAAGCACUACAGGAGAAAACAUAUCCAGUUCAGAAAAUCCGUUGACCACAGGUUCUACAUCAGAAAGUUCAAGUACGACUCCUUGCUUAACGGUUCCAUCUACACAAAGCUCCACACAGAUUCCAGAGAGUUCAUCAACUACCGACUGUUUACCAAAUACUACAGAGAAAGACGAUAAUUCCGGAAAUACCACAGAACCUACAUCAAAAACUACGACCUCAGGAAAUAUUGCUAGUACCGAAAAUCAGGGCAACGUUGGUAGCACGUCAACUUUAGAACCCCCAAUUGGAACGACCACUAAAGAAACAUCUCUUUGUAGCAACUUGCCAAACGGAGAAUUUCUUAGGGACACAUUAUCGUGCAACAAAUACUUUGUAUGUCUCAAUGGUAAUGCGAUACCCAGCAACUGUCCAAGAAAUCUGAACUUUGACAUUAAAAGGAAGGUCUGCAAUUUCCCUAGUUUAGUGGAUUGUUCUAAUGAAGAAGUCCUUGAAUCUGUCACAAAGAAUCCUUCGAACCCAGAAUCGACCCCAGACUGCAACUCUGUUCGGGAUGGCACUUAUAUAAGAGAUCCAAAGUCAUGCAGUAAGUUCUAUGUUUGCACUAACGGUCGACCCUUAUCUAGACAGUGCCCUAGGGGUCUACUCUUUGACAACAAAUCUAAAUUCUGUAAUUACCCCAGUCUGGUUCAAUGCUCGGUAGUAGAGACCCAGUCGAGUAUUCAUGAAGCGCUACCAGCUGAAGGAGUUCCGGAUUGCAGCAAAGUGGUAGAAAGUACAAGGUUCGGUGACGUCAAGCAACACAAUAAAUAUUACGUCUGCCUUCAGGGAAAGGCAGUUUUGCAUUACUGUAGUCCAGGAAAUUGGUUCGACCUUCGAAGCCAAAAAUGCGUUGAUCAGCGAUUGGCUAAAGUUAACUUACAAACAACAACUGAAGGAAAUGUAAUAAGUUCUAAAAAUCCUUUGAUCACAGAACCUUCACCAGAAAGAACAACUGAAGGGAACAUCGCUAGUUAUAGAAAACGACCCACAAGUACGGCUCCAUGGAUCACGAGCUCAUCAACACAAAGUUCCACAAGAAUUCCAAGGACUUCAUCAACUCCAAAACCCCCAAAACGUACCACAGAACCAAGUACGCAGAGCUCAACAGAGAAAAAUAUAUCCAGUUCGCGGAAUCCUUUGACCCCAACAUCUACAACAGAAACUACGACACGGAGAAAUACUUCUAGUUCCACAAGAAUUCCAAAGACUUCAACUACAAAACCCCCAAAACGUACCACAGAACCAACUACACGGAGUUCAACAUCCACAAAAGAAACUACGACACGGAGAAAUACUUCUAGUUCCACAAGAAUUCCAAAGACUUCAACUGCAAAACCCCCAAAACGUACCACAGAACCAACUACACGGAGUUCAACAUCCACAAAAGAAACUACGACACGGAGAAAUACUUCUAGUUCCACAAGAAUUCCAAAGACUUCAACUACAAAACCCCCAAAACGUACCACAAAACCAUCUAUACAGAGCUCAACAUCUACAAAAGAAACAACGACACGGAGAAAUAUUUCUAGUUCCACAAGAAUUCCAAAGACUUCAACUGCAAAACCCCCAAAACGUACCACAGAACCAACUACACGGAGUUCAACAUCCACAAAAGAAACUACGACACGGAGAAAUACUUCUAGUUCCACAAGAAUUCCAAAGACUUCAACUACAAAACCCCCAAAACGUACCACAGAACCAACUACACGGAGCUCAACAGAGAAAAAUAUAUCCAGUUCGCGAAAUCCUUUGACCCCAACAUCUACAUCCGAGACUACAACGAGCAACAGUGUCCCAACUCCAGGAGGUUCGUCUCAGGGUUCGACUCUGGCAACAUCAACUUUAGUACCCUCAACUGAAACGACCACUGAAGUCCAAGAAAUACGACCUGAUUGCAGCAACUUGCCAAAUGGAGUAUUUCUUAGAGACCCCCUGUCAUGCAACAAGUAUUAUGUAUGUCUGGAUGGUAAAGCGAUUCAAGAGAGCUGUCCGAAAAAUCUGAACUUCGACAUUAAAAGAAAGGUCUGCAAUUUUCCCAGUUUAGUGGAUUGUUCUUUUGAAGAAGACCUAGAUUCUGUCACGAAGAAGCCCUCAAAUACAGAAUCGACUCCCGACUGCAAAUUAGUGCCAAAUGGGGCCUAUAUAAGAGAUCCAAACUCAUGCAGUAGGUUCUAUGUUUGUGCUAACGGUCUACCUAUAGCUCGACAGUGUCCUAGGGGUCUGCACUUUGACAACAAAUCAAACUUCUGUAAUUAUCCCAGUCUGGUUCAAUGUUCGGUAAAAGAGGAAAUGCGUAGAUCAGCAACUGGCUAAGAUUGAUUAAAGAAGAAGCUUUUUAAAUUUAAGGAUGCGGCACGCUCUGUAAGCUAGUUAUAGGAAUAUGGUGAAUGGGUUUAUACAUAAGUUUAUAUGUACAUCGGGUUGAAGGGUAACAGCUACUAAUCAAUAUAUUUUAGAGUGGUUACUGACACAUAAGUUACAAGCAGACUCUAAUACGACCUAGCCAGUUGAAGAGUAUAGUUAUUUACUCGAUCUGCCUAGGAAUUAUAUAACAAAUAAAGUACUUACAAAACAAAUAUAAA